AUGGGCUGCCUUCUUGCGUCCCCAAACAGGCAAGAAGGUGGUGAUGCUCCUGAUGGCUCCUCUCGCUACAAGGUCGGUGGCCGGUACAAAGUUGCUCGACCACUGGAAGUAUGGAGCGGAGAGAACUUGGACGGCACGCGAUUGGAAACCUUGGCGGCCAAGAAGGACACGGUCCUUCUAAUCCAAUUCUCCGGGGACCAAGGAGCCCGCGGCUUGGUCAUUCCGCAGCCUGCCGAAAAUCACCAAGCGGGAUGGAUCUCGCUGGAGGAUGCGCAGUGGGGCAGUCGAGUGCAACCGGCAUUGGAUGCCACAGUGCUGCCAGGCUCUUGGGACCUUCGCGCUCGCUACACUGUGCGGAACCCCGCAACUCUUCGCCAAGGUCCUGAGAUUAGCUCUGACUGGGUCGGAGAACUAAAGGUGGGCGGUGAGGUUCUGCUCCUUGACUUCGGUGUCAUCGCUGGGAGUGGAAAGGACAAGGCCCGGCUGCGCGCACUGAUCAGUGCUGAGGAUAAAAUCGGCUGGAUGAGUCCUGAAACAGGGGACGGAGACCAGCUGUUGGAGCCUGUGAACCUCCUCAGCCGAAAGGUUGUCGAGAUGCACAGGCAGUCUCUCAGACAGUCUUCAGCAGGACUCAGAAAGUCGUACCAGGAAGGGGGCAACUGCCCUUGGCAGGUUGGUGCUACCUAUCGCAUGCUGGAGAAAGCCGUCGUGCGCUUGGGGCCGGACCUGAAAAGCCAAGAAGUCUUCAAGGUCUCUUCGGGUAGCUUGGUGCUUGUGAAGGACAUGAACAACGUGGAGAUUCCGGGAGGGUGGUGUCCUGUUGCCUUUGUGAACGUGGAGGAGGGCCCAGAACGGGGUCGCACGGGCUGGGCGAGAUGCACGGCAAAGGAUGGUCAUGAUGUUAUGGACACUCGGGAUUACAAAGAAUACGACAAAGUUAUUCAGAGAUUGCGGGAGUCCGCAGGAUCGGAUGUCUCUGAAGAAUCCAGCCCUGCCGUUCUUCAGGCGGCCGUGAUCGUGCAGCUGAAGAAGGCUGCGGAGGCCGAGCGACAGGCUGAGGCGGCGGAUGCGGCGGAGGCGACCAAAGGUCAGCAGGACAUAGAUGCAUACGUGCAAGAGGAGAGGGAGGAAUGGGGCCAGGAGGACGGAGAUGGCAAAGACACCACGGUCUUUCCUGCAGUGGAUCCCACUUUCGUAUCGCUGAACGCUUCCAUGCAAGAUCUUGACGCGUUUGCACAGGACGAGCGUCUCCUGAUGCCAGACAAGACGGAGAUCGACAAUAGCAGCGGCUGGUGCUGGUGCUCUUGUGGAAACUAG